AUCGCUCCCUGGCCAUCCCUAUUUACUUGUCAAAAUAGCAAAUUUUCAUUCGGGGCAAAUCGACUGGAAAUAUGUCCGCUAUUCUGAACCACGCGCUCCGUCGCCAAUUCGGCGCCACCGCCGCCCGCAACAUGUCCGGCACCGCCGCCGUGGCCGGCGAGCACUCCGGUGGCUACAAGGUCUGGAAGCGCCUGUCCUUCUUCGUGGCCGUGCCCGCCGUCGGUGUGUGCAUGCUGAACGCCUACCUGAAGCACCAGGAGGAGCACGACAAGCCCCGCCAGGAGUUCGUCAAGUACGACUACCUGCGCCGCCGCGAGAAGCGCUUCCCCUGGGGCGACGGCCAGAAGAGCCUGUUCCACAACCCCCACGUCAACCCCCUGCCCGACGGCUACGAGCACUAGGUGGCCACCACUGCCCGGCCGGGAUGUAUUCGUUGUUUGGUAAAGAUAAACGUUAAUGUAACUGAACUUAGUCGGAAAUACACAGACACACCGAAAACACCAUUGUCCGAACUCCAGUUGGCGCUCCAAUAAAGAUCUAAUCGAGCGGAGAUGUGGGAUCUUGGAAUACAUAAA